CAGCUAAUAGAUAACAAAGAGGGCUCUUAGAGAGAGAAAGUGAAGUGUUCUCAGAGAGAGAGAGAUAGAGAGAGAGAAGGAGAGAGAAAAAAUGGGAGUUGAUUACUACAACAUCCUGAGGGUGACUCGAAACACGACAGACGACGACCUGAGGAAAGCCUACAAGAAGCUCGCAAUGAAGUGGCACCCAGACAAGAACUCGGACUCGGAAGCCGAGUCCAAGUUCAAGCAGAUCUCCCUGGCCUACGACGUGCUCAGCGACCCCAUCAAGCGCCAGGUCUACGACCUCUACGGCGAAGAAGCCCUCAGCACCGGCCAGUUCCCUCCCGCCACGCCGCGGCCGGCUAAGGGCUUCAGCGCCAAAGGGUCGUUCAACGCCAAGGGGUCGUUCAAGUUCAGCAGAAGGGUUGAGGAGGACAGUAUAUUUGAUGACUUGUUUGGUGGGUCUGGGUUCGAGGGUAAGACUCGGGGUUUUGGUGGCGGUUACGUUGAGAAACUGGCCAAACCAACAAACGUACAAUCGCCCAAACCAACUAACCCUUACGUUGAGAAACUGGUCAAACCAACAAACGUACAGUCACCCAAACCAACUAACCCUUACGUUGAGAAACUGGCCAAACCAACAAAUGUACAGUCGCCAAGAGCGACGAACACACAGUCGCCCAAACCAACAAACACACCGCGGAAAAGCCCGAACGGGUACGGGGAUAGUGGUGGUGGGAAGGCGGCUGCUGUGGAGAAUCAGUUGGGGUGUAGUUUGGAGGAGCUUUAUAAGGGGUCGAAGAGGACAAUGGUGAUUUCAAGGAUUGUUCCUGAUGAUUCUGGGAGACCUAGGCAAAUCGAGGAGAUCUUGAAAAUAGAUAUCAAACCUGGCUGGAAAAAUGGCACAAAAAUCACUUUCCCUGAGAAAGGCAACCAGGAGCCCGGGAUGACCCCUGGAGAUCUCAUUUUCGUAGUGGACGAGAAACCGCAUGCUCUGUUCAAGAGGGACGGAAACGAUCUGAUUGUUCAUCAGAAAAUAUCGCUGCUCGAAGCUCUUACGGGGAAGACUCUUGACCUGAUUGCACUGGACGGUAGGAACAUAACUAUCCCGUUGAAAGGUAUUACCAGGCCGAGCCAUGAAGUGGUGAUCCCGAACGAAGGAAUGCCCGUCUCGAAAGAACCUGGGAGGAAAGGAAACUUGAGGAUCAAGUUCGAUGUCAAGUUCCCCUCAAGCUUGACCAAAGAACAGAAAUUCGAUCUGAAGAGGGUGCUCGGAAGAAUCUGCUAAGUAGUCCAGUUUUCGAACUGAGGGUCGGAACAUCAUCAUGAAAUCGAUAAUUUAAGAGGAAGUGGCAUGGAUCAUGUGUAUAGAGUAACAUACUCUUCGAUUUAGGUGGAAGAUAUGUUCGUAGUAGGAAGGAUAGUUUGAAGGGUUCCGGCAGCAAGUGUGAUCAGAUUUAGCUGCCAGGGAGUAACAGACCUUCGCGUAAAAUGUAUACGUAAUGUACUGGUGUUUUUCGGAUUUUGAAGAUGAGGGUUGAUCUUGUCUUUUUCGCCGUGGAAAUGGCGUAAUGUUGUGCUGCUUUUGUUUGGUGAUGUUCCUCUUUUACUGGGCAAUAUUGUGUAGGCAAUGUCAGUAGUUUUCGAAUUUUUGGUAA